AUGACCACCGUCAUCGACGUCCUCAAAUCCAUGCGCAAACACGCAGAAGAAGACAACCGCAACACCACUAGCAGCGCGGCGGAAUCCUCCUCCCCACCGCGCAACGACAACGACCUCGGCGCCGUCACCCUCGAAACCGCACUCACCCCGCUCUGCCACGACGCGUACCUGCAGCGCCGCAUCCUCCCGCUCGGCCCGCUCGACCAAGUCCAAGUCCGCAAGAACACGCCGCGCAUCUUCUGCUUCCCCAUGCCCGACCAACGCCAGUCGACCGUCUCCGCCGCGACGAUCGCGCUCCGCCUCGCCGUGCAGAAGACGUUGGCGCGCUGGCCGUGGCUGGGCGGGACCGUGGUGCCCGUGGGAUAUGACGGAUGGGGGCCGGCGAUGAAGGAGGAGGACAAGAAGAGGCUCGAGAUCCGCUACACGGUGCCGCCGCUCGACGCCGUCAUGGUCGAGGGCGGUGGCUGUGGCGUCUUCUCGGCGAAGGUUUGGAGCGAUUUCACGCCGUAUGCGAGGCUGGCGGCGAGGGGGAUGCCGCCGAAGGUCCUGGAUUGCAGGCAGUUGAUGAUGAGGGAUGAGGGGGUGGUGGUCGAUACGGGGUUGCCGGCGCUGCGCGUGCAGGCGAACUUCAUUCCGGGCGGGUUGCUGCUUGCGGUUAUGGAUGCGCAUCCGGCUGUUGAUGGGGUUGGGGGCCAGUUGGUUGUGGAGGAGCUGGCGAGGUGUUUGCGGCCUGGUGCGGAGACGAUGGCGGCGGAGGAGGGGAGGCGGGUUGGUGCCGCUGCUGGCGCCCGCGAUGACAACAACUACAUGGUUAGCAACAACGCUCGCGGAAGCCAAGGCGCAAACGCUGCGGCCGGCCUACAGUCGACGCCGACCGUCCCCGAAUUCGAGCUCCCGGACCCCGAACCUCCAGUAACCAGCAGCAAGGAUGCCAGUAUCAGCGCCGGCAACCCCAGCGCCCGCAUCCUGACCAUCCGCGCUGCGACCAUCACUUCCCUCAAGGCUGCCGUCAUGGCGGAACUGCAAGCCACCGCGGCACCAGGCGCCUUCGUCUCGACGCACGACGUGCUCAGCGCACUCAUCUGGACCGCCACCAUGCGCGCCCGGGCGCCACGUCUGCUACACCAACAAGACAACACCCAGAACGAGGACUCCAACCCGCACGACCUCCUCACCCGCUUCUGCACCCCCGUCGACGCCCGCGCCAAGCCGAAAGCCUCCCCACUCAUCGCGCCCACCUACCCCGGCAACGCCGUCGUCUUCGCCUUCGCCACCAUGCCCAUGGCCGAGCUACUCCUGCUCGGCGACGAUGCCGCCGACGCCAACGCUGCCACGGAAACCACCACCAUCACGCUAACGCGCACCACAACGACCACCACCACCACCAUCGGCGAGCACAUCGACUCAACCACCUCCCGUACGCGCGUCGCGAAAGCGAGCACGACGACGUCCGUCACCGCGCUCGCGCGCGCCGCGCUAGCCAUCCGCCGGGCCAUCAGCGCCGUCGACGGGGAUUUCGUGCAGCACAGGGUCGAGGCGUGGAGCGGCUUGGAUGAUCCGCGGCAGCUGCUUGCGACGCUGGGGGCGAAGAUGGAUUUGCGGGAGACGGGGGUGUUUGUGACGAGCUGGGUUGGGUUCGGGGCGGAUGUGGAGUGGAGCAUUCCCGGGGUGGCUGGUGCGGAACAGCAGCAGGGAGUGAAGGCGGCGUGUGUGCGGAAGCCGUGGUGUGAGGGGGAGGGGGGCGUCAAUGUGAUGCCGCGGAGGGGGGGCACGAGGGGUGGGGAGGAGGAUUGGGAGGUGUUGGUCAGGCUGGGGGAGAGGGAUAUGGAGAGGUUUUUGGAGAUGUUGGGGGGUGUGGUUGUCAGGGUUGUUGAGUAG